GUUCUUUAUUCGCUGGUUGCCUCCUCGUAUUCUUAGUAGCAUUGGGACGGCUCACCCCACUAUCCCUCAAAAGUCAGCUCUUUUAACUCAGCACACCACAGCUCGAGCCUCGAACUUCUUCUAUUUUCUAUGCGUUCUCUCCUCAAACUUCUUCUUACAACCGCUGGCAUCCCAUCGUCAAUUAGAGAUAUCUCCCACGGUGCUCCCUGACUACAUUUACAAAGCCUCUAGUAUCAUCAAAUCCUACAAUUGAUCGGCGCAGCUCUGUUGGGCUCUUGUGCGUUGACACACGUUGAGCCAUGGGGCUAGAAGCAGAGCGCAAAGGUAGCUCAUUUACGAGGCUACCUAUGAAGCAACUCUCAUUAGCAUUGCUUACAUUGCAGAAUUCUGCUCUGAUACUGGUAAUGCAUUAUUCACGAAUAAUGCCUCCCGUCAAUGGCCUCCGGUAUCAUACAUCGACAUCUGUAUUUCUUAAUGAACUGCUGAAGACUGGUGUUUCAUUGACCAUGGUCCUCUACGAUAUAUCAAAGAACGUGCCUCCCAGCACUACAGUGACUACACUGUUCAGAAAACUAUUCGAAGCAGUUUUCACCAACGACAGCUGGAAACUUGCAAUCCCUGCCGUACUUUACACAUUCCAGAACACUCUUCAGUAUGUCGCGGUGUCGAAUCUUGAUGCCGCCACAUUUCAGGUGACAUAUCAACUGAAAAUCCUCACCACCGCACUUUUCAGCGUUCUUCUACUUGGUCGCACGCUUUCUCCACGUAGGUGGGCUUCUUUGCUACUACUGGUUGUCGGAGUCUCCAUCAUCCAGUUUCCUCAUACAUCCAGCUCGUCGCAUGGACACUUUGCUCGGAGCUUGGAGCCCGAAUCUGUCUCAGCACCUGGUGUGCCGGCACAGCUCCGGCACAUGGGGACUCGCGCACUGAAGCAACUCAUCAAUAGAUCGGCAUCGUACCAAGGAAUUGAGGAGGAUGAAGCCUUUUUGGCUCUUCAGCAUCCGCCUCUGGACCGAUCAAUAGGAAUGGCUGCAGUUCUGGUAGCCUGUGUAUUAUCUGGUCUCGCAGGAGUUUCAUUCGAGAAGGUCUUGAAAGAGUCGACAACAUCUGGAGCCUCGCUGUGGAUUCGAAACGCGCAGUUGUCUUUCUGGUCCUUGUUUCCAUCCCUGUUCAUUGGAGUCAUAUUCCUGGACGGCGAAAACAUUGCAAAAGAUGGAUUCUUUGCGGGCUACAAUUGGGUCGUCUGGUCGGCCAUUGGGUUGCAAGGAUGCGGAGGUAUCGUUGUGGCCAUGGUGAUCAACGAUGCGGACAACAUCGCCAAGAACUUUGCGACAUCUAUCUCAAUCAUACUCAGCUGCAUCGGUAGCAUGUUCUUCUUCGACUUUUCGGUUACCAAAUCUUAUUUGCUGGGCACGACCAUCGUUCUCCUCGCAACAUAUGUCUACAGCAUUGCCGACCAAGUACAGGCUAAACCUACUCGUACUGGAAAAUUCGAGAGAUUAAACUUGGAAAAGAUUGUAGAGGAGAACGAGAAAGAUCGUAUAUUGAGCCCAGCGUCCGUAUCGUCAUAUCUAUCUAGAAGGAGCUCGUCAAGGCCCACAACUCCAAACCCAACUGUAGGGCGGCACUGGUCUCGGACAGAGGAGACGUCUCCAUCUUCGAAGAGAAUUGAGCGGAGUCAACCACGUCAAAGCUUCCUGGGCUCUCAAACGACAUCGAUCUCCCACAAUCCUCCUCAGCGUAAUCGCUACCGAACAUCUCAUCAAUUUGACGAUAUCAAUGAGGUCGAUGAACAACACGAGCAGGGUAUCGUUUUUGACCGCUUUGAUCAGUAUCUUCUGAAGUGUGUGAACGAGGACCGCGUCAGUCAGGCUGUGAGAGGAGAAGCACGCUUGUCUUUUGCUCCCAGUACAUCCAAAUCUCUGCCUCACCACCUCACCUCGCAAUCUUCCAUGCGUGGCGAGAGCUAUCAAGGAGAAAAUUAUGACUACUAUGACUACCAUGACGACCUAGCUCAAGCCUUCUUCGGUGUUACUCAAGCUGGUGAGCCAAGCUCAGAUGGCCGUCCUACAGAAUCCUCUAGCCCUGCCUUCAGAGCUUCCCAAAGACGAACGGGAGCUCGGCAGGAAUUGGCUCAGAGUAUCACUCAUGAAGAGACGUUUACUCCAGUAGCCUCUGAAAUGUCGCAGCCCUCAAAUUCACGGCCAAAGGGCGACUUCGUUCAUAAAUCGCCCGAAACGCAGCACAUGAACAUAUCAAAGGAUAUCGUCGGCCAUCAACGCCCAGUAUGCUCUGGCAUCCGGCUUGUGCCCGUAUCUGAGCUACCUGAUAGGCUCAAGUCCAUCUUUUCUUUCCCGGUUUUCAAUGCUGUUCAAUCCAGAAGCUUCAAUAGUGUUUACAACUCCGACGACAACUUCGUACUCGCCUCCCCAACCGGCUCCGGCAAGACUGUCAUCCUCGAAUUGGCAAUAUGCCGGGCGUUCGUUCGCAAUGCUACAGGCCAGUACAAGAUCGUAUACCAAGCGCCAAUCAAGGCUCUCUGCUCCGAACGCCAGCGAGACUGGCAGAAGAAGUUCGAGCCUCUGGGGCUCACAGUCAUCGAGCUGACCGGUGAUAGCGACAACGCCCACGUACAAAGUGUGCAGAAAGCAGACAUCAUAGUGACGACUCCCGAGAAAUGGGACAGUAUCACACGCAAGUGGAAGGACCAUGAAAAGCUGAUGAGACUCAUACGGCUAUUUCUCAUUGACGAGGUGCAUAUCUUGAAAGAUGAACGAGGCGCUAUAUUGGAGGCUGUUGUCUCUCGCAUGAAGGCAAUUGGCACUGAUGUGCGUUUCGUAGCUUUGUCGGCAACUGUCCCAAACAUUGAAGAUGUUGCUAGCUGGCUUGGGAAGAACGCGGCGGCUCCUCAUAAAGCUGCCAUGAUGGAGAACUUUGGAGAAGAAUUUCGGCCCGUGAAACUCCAAAAAUAUGUUUGUGGGUUUCCAACAUCUGGAAAUGAUUUUCAAUUCGACAACUUUCUUGACAAAAAGCUCGUUGAGCUUAUCCCCAAAUACUCUGAACGAAAACCUAUCAUGAUCUUCUGCUUCACCAGAGCAUCUGCAGUCAGCACUGCGAAAAUGUUAGCGAAUUGGUACAGUUCCUUCCCCGAUGCAACAACAUGCUGGAAGGCAACGCGUUCUGCAGUACUAGUACGAGACAAAGACCUUCAGCAAUGUGCCACGUCAGCUGUCGCAUUCCAUCAUGGCGGUCUUGAACUCGACGACAGGGCGGCUGUCGAACAGGGCUACCUCAAGGGUAGCAUAAACGUCAUCUGCUGCACAUCAACAUUGGCUGUAGGUGUCAAUCUGCCCUGCCAUCUUGUAAUCAUCAAGAACACUGUCAAAUUUGUUGGUGGGGCAGGCAUCCAGGAGUACUCUGAUCUUGAGGUUAUGCAAAUGCUUGGACGGGCUGGACGGAUUCAAUUCGAUAACAGUGCUGUGGCGGUUAUCAUGACGCGUCAAUCUAAAGUGCCGCACUACGACAAAAUGGUGAGUGGCAAGGAGCUGUUGGAGAGUAACCUGCAUCUCGGUCUCAUUGACCACCUGAAUGCUGAAAUUGGGCUUGGUACCAUUACCGACUUGAAUACGGCAAGGAAAUGGCUUUCGGGGACGUUCUUUUAUGUGCGCCUGAAGCGAAAUGCGGAACACUAUAAACUCCAGAGUCCCAAGGGUGGUACUUCGGUUGAUGGGCAGCUGGAGCGUAUUUGCCAACGUGAUCUCGAGUUCCUUGAACAAGAAAAUCUCAUCACAACAGAUAAUGGCAUAAAGGCAACGGAGUUCGGCCUGGCCAUGAUACGCUACUACGUUCGUUUCAGAACAAUGAAGUUAUUCUUGGGCUUGCAGCCAAAGGCCCUGCUCUCAGAAAUUGUGUCCGCUCUCUCGCAAGCAGAUGAGUUCAAGGAGAUACGUUUCAGGUCUGGAGAGAAGUCAUUCUACAAAAAGCUCAAUCAAUCUUCACAGAUGCGUUUCCCCGUGCCGGUCGCCCUGACGACAACAGCACACAAGGUCUCAUUGAUCCUUCAAUCUGUAUUGGGAGGAGCGGAUAUGACUUGGGAUAAGGACACAAGCAAGCAUCGCAAUCAGUACAACUUAGAGGCGAACACCGUCUUCAAACAUGCCACCCGUCUCGUGCGUUGUAUAAUAGAUUGUCAACUCGAAUUACGCGACGCUGUAGCAGCUGGGCAUGCCCUAAUGCUAGAGCGGAGUCUCUGUGCACGCGCUUGGGAUGACAGCCCCAUGCACAUGAAGCAGAUUCCCGACAUUGGCAAUGUUUCGGUGCGGAAACUGAUCAACGCUGGCAUCAAGUCUGUCGAAGAACUUGAGAUGACUGACACACAGCGACUUGAAACAGUUCUUGGUAGAAACCCGCCAUUCGGGCUCAAGCUUCUUGAGAAGCUUAAGCCAUUCCCCAAACUUCGAGUUUCGGUGACCAUCCCGUCCAGUGCAAUCAAGAAAACAGAUCAAGGACCUGAAGUCCUACUCCAGGUUGCCCUUGGCUUUCUCAACGAUCAGCCACCAUUGAAAUGGCUAAACAGCCCCGUAUAUGUCUGCUUAGUAUCCCAUAGCGGUUCACAGCUCGGGAAAGGUAAAACUUUGCCCGUGAACGCGGUCGUUGAGAGUGCGGAACAGUAUCUAAACUGUGUUGUCAUGUGUACUGAAAUCGCUGGAACUGCACGUCAAGUAUCGGUGAAACCAAAAGUUCCACCACACAUGUUUGCUGCGCGCCAGCCCAACCCUCUCUUGGCCCAGAGACCACCAGUAAACGCAGGAAGGCGCGGGGUUGGAGGUGAUUCUAGAAGCGAUGAACCUUCGAAUAGGAUCGUUGAAAUUGACGACGAUGGGAUUGAUGACGAGGAACUCUUGCAGGCUUCGUAUGGUGACCUCAACUUUGAUCACAUCGAUGAUUUUCCUGAUGUAGCCGAUACGAUAACACGCACUAAUACAGCCAAGAAUGCUCGUCUGGGGGUAGAUUCUGCUUCUGCAGUACCUUCUCAAGAUAUCGAAGGACCGAAACAGCUUGAAAAUGGGAGGUGGUCAUGCAAUCACUCUUGCAAAGACAAGAGUGCUUGUAAGCAUCUGUGUUGUCGCGAAGGACUCGACAAACCACCCAAGAAGUCUGCGAAGAAGCAGCCUCCUAUAGCGACAACAUCCCAAUCGGACGGAAAACGUAAACCAACCGGCAACAAUGUCCAUCAGUCUACACUCUCUUCAGUGCAAUCGGCCAAGAAAAGAGACUUUCACGCAAUUGACACCGUUGAUUUGACGGAACCGAGCAAGAGAAACAAUCAUGGCGCCGGCAUCCAAGGUCUUCGUGAAGUUCAAAAUCUUCAACAACUUCAUCGGAGAGCACAAAUUGCAGAUCCGCCUGCAUCCAUCUCCUCGGUAACACGGAAAAAGCCAGCACACUGUUUUGGUGAGGGCGGGCAGGUUCACCUGUCCUUCUUGGCUACUGAUUCCACGGAGGACCAGGAUAAUCCACCUUCAAGUGACUAUGGCUGCAUCCCUUCUGAAACCGCAGAACUUUGCUACGAAGACUUCGAAAACGUAUCGGACAAAGAGUACUCCGGAUGCAUGGAGCAAGUGGGUCCUGAAUAUAGGCCCCAUGAGGACUUUACUCUCGAGGGGCCAGCCGGCAUAGAGCUCAAUGACAACCAAAAUCCGAAGCCAGAGGGG